AUAUAAGUCUCUGGCUUGGCAAAUAAUUCAAUUUGAAACGUCGAGCAGGGUCGUCAUUCGUCGUUACCGGUGCGCGCAAGGAAAAUUCGUCGCGGAAAAGCCAGCGCGCGGAUAGAAGUCGGUGACUUUCACGGGCGACUUUAGAUUCGAGUUCUGUGUUGAAAUGCACUGAUAAAUAAUUAUAUUUGUCACUGGAGCUGCUAUUUUUUAUAAUCAUCCGACGACUCAAUUUAAGUUAAAACAAGUGCAGCGAAAAAUUAAGUUUUUGCCAGUGCCACAAGUGGCGCCAAGUAAAAGUAAAACCAAAAAACAGAACCAAGAAAACUCUGUAAAGCCAUUUAAUAAAUUAAACAAUUGAAAGCGCAAAGUGUUAAGUCAAUAUUUGUAUGAAAUCCAUAAAAGUAAUUUUUGGUACAAAAUUCCUGAGAAUGUUUAUGCUUUUGUAUGGUGUAUGGUAGGGCGAACCCAGGGAGGAGAGUGUGUGGCGGGUUAAAAAGCAGUACAAACGAAACUUAUGCUCAUGUUCGUGAAGUUACUGAUCAAUUGGCAAUUAUAGGUUUUGUAGAUGAGUUUGUAUCUACAUCCCCCAUCGCUUAGCUUCAAGUGUUCGCGAGUCCAUGAAAAAUUGUAAAAUCUUUUUUAAAGGCCGCGGAAAAGGACAGAAUAGAAAUAGUGUCGGAAGCCGGAGAGCUAAGGCAAUCCGUACAGACAAUAUUCUCUGCGUGGUCAAGUCCUGGCUUAAAUAAAUAGAGGAGUGUGUGUGUGUUUCAAAUCUGAAAAGUUCUUUGCUGAGAAAAAAAGGCGAACGCGAAAACUUUCAAGAAUCAGUGGCUUCGGAAAGCUUAGCGAAAAGAGCGAUCAACUAGCGGAAGCAAACACAAAACGUUGUCGAGCUUGCUGACUUCCAAUUUCCAUCACCCACUUUAAUGAGACUUGUGUUGUGGCUACGGAAUACAAGUGCGUUUCGCUCGGUUCUGUUAUCAUUUUUUAAGUUGCAUUUGAUACGAGUGCUGAAGCCAGGCGCAAAUGAGCCUAUAAAACAAGAUGUAAGGGGUAAAGGGAGGAUCCCACUACUAGACAGAACCCAUCGGCAAUUCUCACUGCUCCGCAGCCGCCACAGUGCGGGGCUAAUCAUCUCUAAAUAAACGCUUAAAAGCUUUGGCCGUUUUCUAUUGCCUUGUCAUGCCUCAUAGCCAUCCUACGAACAGCCAGAACAAUUUGACAUUUUUAAAAUCAAAUUACAAAUUCAAACGCAGAGACAUGUCGACGAUCCGCGCACUUCCUGUGGCCAGCGCAACAGCGGAAGCGCGUACACCGCGUACACUGCCACAAUUGGCAACAAUGUCAAAGACGUCAGCAGCUUCAGCAUCAGCAUCAGCAUCAGAAUCAGAAUCAGCCGCAGCAACGACAGUGGCAUCGGCAUCGGCAUCGGCAUCGGCGACAACUACUAGCCACAAAAGUAGAACAAUUCUAAGUUUAUUUAUAGUAAUCGCAUGGAACUCUCUGCAAGAGCCGGCCACUGGCGGGAAUGGCUAUGGCUGUGGCAGGGCUGCUGCCGGCCAAGGCCGUGACGUCAAUGCUGUCCGAGUGAGACACAAACGCAUGCCCGGUACUCGCGAUCCCAUUGACGAGGUGUCAAAGGCACGUGAAAACCAUAAGCAACAGCAACAAGGUAUACAGGAACAGCCAACUGGGGCCAGUCUACGUCUAAAUCUGCAUCGGAAAAGGGGCUACCUGAUCCUGAGAGCCACAUCUCGGGCGUUGUCGAUGGCUCUGUUUUCCGCUGGAUUGAUGUUUCUGAAUAUGCGCCUGGCGGCGGCUGGCACCUGUUGGCAGACCCACCUGGGUACCGGCAAGUGCAGCCAAAUCUUCUCCACGAACAUCACCAAGUCGGAAUGUUGUGGCGCCAGCCAGACCUUCUCCUACACCGAUCGCGAGCUGAGCAGCGUGGAGUACUUCUUUGCGACAGCAAUCGGAGGCGGCGUCGAGUGCGCACCGUGCAUUGAGAACUGUAAGGGCUUCAAGUGUGGACCCAACAAAAAGUGCGUCAAGCGCAAGGGACGGCCCAAGUGCGUGUGUGCACCCGAGUGUGGGGCAGCGCUGCGUCGAAGGCAGCACGAGAAGCUGUGGAAGCAGUCUCCCACAGUGACAGUGACACUGACGGUGCCUCCACGUGGCUCACGUAGUCUAAGUAGCGAAAUUAUCAACAGCAACCCCAUCGCUGCCAACCAAAGAAAGCAUCAACCGCGUCACGAACGAGAACAAGAAAUGCAACAGAUUGAAUGGCGCCAGAGUCACAAAAGGGCGCAUGGCGAGACGAAGCCCAGAAGACUUUUGGUUAUAGGCAGCAGCAGCCGCAAUAGGAAUUCGCAAGAGCAGCCCACGACCAGGCGCAGCGGCGGCAGAGUGGAAAUGACGGCCUAUGAGAGGCGCAGACACAGAAAUAACCAAGGCAAACACUUUACGAGAUCAAUGACGACAGGAGCCAACGACUCGUCCAAACCAGACAAGACGCCUGCGCAGGCGACCCUGUCUGCCCCUGUCUCUGUCUCUGUCUCUGUCUCGACUCCAGCUCCGGCUCAGUCUAGACACAAUUUUGCAAAUGCUAAUGAACCCGCCAACGACAGUAAUAGUAACAGGCAGUACCAGAAGCUAGACAAUGCCACGUACAGACACCACCAAGCCAGCACCAGCACCAGCACCAGCACCAGACGUAUGGAGAAUGCACCAGAUCAUGACAAUGGGCAGCGAGAGCCGCUAAGGCAUCGGCCCAAGCACAGGUCAGGCAAGGAUCGUGAACGGCACGAACAGCGCUUUGGAGCGGCUCCAGCAGAAGUUGCGAGCACCGCAGCAACAUCUAUGCUGGCGGCGAAUACCACAAUGUCUGGGGCAAAGACGCAAGCUCAGACGCGUCGUCUGUACUUGGGCGAACACGGAAGUGAAAUGACUGCGUCAUCGGUGGCUACUGCUGCUGCGGACAGCCACAGCAUCGACCAUGGCCACUUGGCUAAUGCCGGUGACUUGGCUUUUCUGGGUGGAAUUUAUGAGCCUGUGCUGACGAAGCAGCAGCAGCAGCAGCAGCACAAGAAUCCGGUUUGCGGCACCGACGGACGCACCUACAACACCGAGUGCCAGCUGCGCAAGCGCGCCUGUCGCACAAGCAACGCCCAACUGGAGGUCGCCUAUCGGGGCCACUGCAAGAGCAGCUGUAGGGGAGUCCAGUGCUUGAAUAGCCACACUUGCGUGGAGGAUCAGUACUUGACGCCGCACUGCAUUCCCUGCAAAAUCGAGUGUCCCUGGGAGGAGGAGGUGGAUGGACGCGCCCCAAACGCAACGCAGGCGGUGUGCGGUGUCGACGGCAAGACAUACAGGAGCGUUUGUGAUAUAAAUCGAAUGAUUUGCAAAAUUGGACGUUCCAUCGCAGUGGCAUAUUCGGGACCCUGUCGUGAGGACCACGCUGGCUGCGAUGAUAUCGUAUGUGGCCCGAAUGAUACUUGCUUGGUGGAUCUGCAGACGCGCCUACCGCGCUGCGUGUCCUGUCCGUACAAUUGCCCGCGGAAACAGCAGCGACCGGUGCACAAAAUAUGCGGAUUCAACAACCACACGUACAGCUCGUGGUGCGAGGUACAUCAGCACUCCUGCACAACUGGGUUCUUCAUAGGUGUCAAGGCCGUGGGGAGCUGUUAGAGCAGAGCCACAAAGGAAGCAUUUUCAUAUUAAUAUCAUAGUAAAUUACAUAGAAGGCGCUAUAUGGGGAAGUAUGUAGUUGUAGCGUAUUUCUACGCUGGGUCCUGUUCCACAGUUCCAGCAUCCAAAGAUUCUCGUUGAGCGUUUAGUGUUGAAAGAGGUGGAUGGCCUAAGGUGGUUGACAUACUGUCAAAACUGCCCAAACUGUCCACUAAAUAAUACCGAAAACACUUUCAUAUGGCAAAGUAUUAUCCACCAUA